AUGAAUGUGUUGAGCGCAAAACCAAGGGAAACCACCAGGUCUGCUGCUAACGGCCGCCGAAUGACCAAGCCUCCCAAGAAGAAGUCUAGCUCUAGUGGAAAGUCCCCGAUUCCAAAUAUUGCAGAUAGGGGCAUGUCCAGUGACCCCAGAGCAACAUCUCGAGGUGCUGUUGCACUGUCUAUUGGUCUACUAUCCAACGUCCCUUACUCCCUUCCCACGGCAAGCAACGUCUUUGGCAUUGGAUCGGAGCACCCUUUCGCCAACUAUUGGACAUGUGAGGGAGGACUACCAGAAGUUAUUUCAGUCCUCCCUGACAAGAUACAAGCCGACAUACUACUCAGUCGUUACUUCGAGUGUGUUGAUCCUGUGUAUCCGAUGAUCCAUCGCCAGACAUUCUAUGCAGAUUACGAGCAUUUCUGGCAGAUGAAUCAGCAAGAGAAAACCGACACGGAUCCUUCCUUCAUAGCUUUGAUAUUUGUCAUGUUGGCUUUGGGUACCCAGUUUGUGACGUCGACGACAGCAUCCCAAGAACGAAAGCAGACAGCAGAGUUCUAUGCCUCGGCUAGUAACCAGGCACUGCGUAUUGCUUCGUAUCUCAGCAGCGCUUCAUUGCGCUCUAUUCAAGCUAUGGUGUUAUUGGUAUACUUCCUCAUCAACGACAACCAUGCUUCAGAUGGAUGGGCAUUCGCGGGUAUCUUGAUCCGACAGGCUUAUGCCAUGGGCCUGCAUAGGGAUCCAAAUAUCGUAACUCCUAACGCCACCUUGUUCGAAAAGCAGCAGCGUAGAAAGGUCUGGCAAGCAGUACUGCUCCAGGAUACUUUCCUGACUGUCCUCCUCUCCUUGCCCCCUUCCGCAACACAUACAGAUGUUUCUGCCGAAGACCUGCUGGACGAUGGUUCCUCUAUUGCAAACAGCGACCCCACAGAUACAGCAUACAUCCGGGGCUCUUGGACUUUAGCCAACUUGGUUCAAGAGACAAUUUGCUCACCAAGAUCACUAGAUCUACCUAUCUGCACUACAGCAAGGCACAAAUCUAAACUGAUCGCCGACUUUCGAGCAGUCUACCGAUCGUUCCCAGAUGUAUUCCGAUCAUGGGAUCCCGAUAGCAUCACUGCGCUUGCGAAAACUAACAAGAGGGUGGUCCGCCAGACUUUGUUCCUGACAAGCAACUACUUCCACAACCUGAUGUUGGUUCAUGCUUCCGAGAGCCCUGAUGUCCCUGUCAAUGUUCGCGGGACGCUGGAGGCGGCACAUGAUGCCAUCACUGCCUUCUUCCUUCUCUUCACUUUGCUUGAAAUUGAGGCACGCGUCUGGUGGGUGUUCAACCACAGAGCCUUCCUGGAAGCGUUGUGCAUCGGAAACGUUCUGAAGGAGGCUACACGGGAACCCGGUGGUGCAGAGAUGAUGGCGAGAGAUCCUCUGCUUGUGAGGGCGAAAGCCGAUAUCACACGCAUGAUCCAAAUCAUGCAGGUUAUGGGUGAAGACUCUGAAGUAGCUAGAACGCGUGUGCAGGUUUUGAGCGACUUCUUGACUUAA